AUGGCCCGCACACGCUCGAACCAGCGGUAUAGCGAGCAAGCUGAAGCAGUUCUACCAGUUCUGAGUGAUGACGAUGUCAGAGAACCCGAUGAUCAGCUGGCGACACCAUCGUCUGCAUCCUUCCAAGACCGACUGAAGAAGUUCCAAUACACAGAAACGCAGACGGAGCAACGUACCGGACCGCCACCCGGAUCGCCGAUAGAACCUAGAAAGCGCACUAGGACUACUGUGACAGCGGCCGCAAAGAUCGCACCGGAACCUUCCCCACGACCGAAGAAGAAGAGGAAACCCAGCAAAUAUGCUGACCCGUCCAAAUACGCGCAUCUAUCGCCGCUGGUCGACAUACUAGAGCCUUAUCUGAUCUGUGUCUUUGUUGGCACGAAUCCGGGUGUUCAGACGGCCGCUGCAGGGCAUGCUUAUGCCCAUCCCUCGAACCUUUUCUGGAAGCUGCUCCACUCCUCAGGACUUACCGACCGUCGACUGAAGCCUGAGGAGGAUCGGAGUCUCCCCGCUCUGUAUUGCAUGGGUAAUACCAAUAUUGUCGAGAGACCCUCCAAAGACGCUGCCGAGCUCUCGAAAGAGGAGACUGCGGCCGGUACGGCACAACUGGAUGCCAAGUUCCUCAAAUACAAGCCAGAGGCUGUGUGUAUAGUAGGGAAGGGUAUAUGGGAAGCCAUCUGGCGGUAUCGCUAUGGCAAGAACAUGGGCAAGAAAGACUUCAAGUAUGGGUGGCAGGACGAGGAGCACAACAUGGGCAAAAGCGAGGACGGCCAGGAAGAGCAGGAUGCCGAUGGCAAUGUAUGGAAUGGGUCCAGGGUCUUUGUUACUACGAGUACGAGCGGUCUAGCGGCAAGUCUGAAGCCGGCCGAGAAAGAGGCUAUCUGGAAACCCUUCGGCGAAUGGGUGCAGAAGCGAAGAGCCGAACGGGGCUUUGUGCCUCGGCCAGCGGAAGCAUAG